UGAACGUGGCGGUUUGAAUUUCCCGCAGUUUUUCGCGUCCCGAGACCGCUGUGUGAGAACUCAUCCUACACGUGCGCUCACUUGCUGUACACAAACCGUUGGUGCAUCAUGGAUUCGGCAUCACCACGGUCCGUGCUGCGAGACAGAUCCAACGAGGAAGGCUUCGCGACCAAGUCGCUCAUUCAGGACUUCCUCCAACCCUCGGUGCGAAAGAAAAAGUAUACCAGUUCGUCGCCAUCAUCAUCCAGCACCGCGGUGACCGCUGCUGCCUUGGGAAAUUCCGCAGCAGCAGGCGCUUCUGAUGCUGGUGCUGCUUCUCCUCCCCCUACCGCCCCAAUCAUCACGCCAGAGCCAUCGCAGGCCGAGACCAACAACCCUGCCGCUUGUUCUGACGGUGUUUCCUCUGGGGCUUGGCGAUCAACCACUGCUGUCGGCGCGGUAGCCCCCGAUGCCGGCGGCAACACCGCCGCCGCUGCCGUUACGGAAACCACCCCGCCGCUGCGCACGAGACACCCUCCGCCGCCCCCGCUUGAUCAAACUCGACCCCGGCCGCCUCCGGUGGCCUGUACCUUGGUGGCCUUUGAGCCGGGAUCGCUGGGACUGGAACUAGAGGCAAUCGUGGACGACGACAAAGGUCGGAGGCAUGGAGAAGAGCACCGGCGCCGGCGCCGUCCCCGCCGGAGGCUUGGCUGCAGGGUGUUCCGGGUCACUCCCGACGGCCAGGCGGCCAGGCACGGGUCAGUGCACCCCGGGGAUGCGCUAGUCGUACUGGACGGGGUGGACGUCCUGUCGGACCCGUUCGAGGACAUCACACAUGCGCUGCUCCAGCGCCAGGGGCGACGUAGGCUGAUCGGUUUCAUGGGCGCGGCGGCCGUAGCCGCCUCUGCCCCUCAGAAGCGCCGGGCACCAUCGUCGUCGUCGCCUUUGACCGCGGAGCCCGAAGUCGCCGCGUCUCCGCCCGCCCGCGGUGACACGGCAGCGUUGUCACCGCCCCCCGCCGCCGCCGCGGCAGAAGACUCAAACAACGGGCGGCGGGCUGCGGAUAUCGCUGCUGGUGCCGCUGCUGCAGUUGAAGACCGAAAGGAGCACAAGCGACGCGAUGAUCGAGGACGCCGCCGGGAGAGGAGCGAUUUCGGGAAGGGCGGGGUUGUCCUUCCAGCAAACGGCCGGCGGGGCGGCGAGAACAAUGGCGGCGGCGACGGAAGCCCUGAAGCGACGGCAUCGUCAAGCAGGAAGAAACAAGCGGGGAUCGGGGGGAGCGGCGGAGGAGAGCGGGGAAGAGUAAAUGGUCAUAACGGCGAGGUGCCCGCCCCCACCGCUCUCGGCCACCAUUCUCGCCGGAGCCGCUCGUCCUCCUUCGCCUCCUUGCCGCCGCCGGGGUCCAAGUUGUUCGGUGCGGCUGCCGCCGACCUCGACUGGCGAGAGGCAGAGCGUCUCCCGCAUCCUCGCGACGCGGCAACAAGAAUCCAGCGUUCGCGACCCGCCGGAGGAAGCACGACCGGAUGCCGGCGGGUCGAGGGAAACGAUGACAUGAGGACGGAAAACAAGCGGCGUUUCUCUCGCACGGUGAGCAGCACCGCCGGUCUCGGCGAGGCGACGGCGGCGGGGGGCGGGGGGGAGAGCGACGUCCGUCGCGAGCCGGAACGGGAACGCUCCGGUGUUCGGGCGAGCUUCGGCGGUGGUUCGCGUCUCGCCAGCAGGGAGUCGCUCGGGAGCAGCUGGGGCUCGUUCGCGACCACCGGGCGCAUGGGCACCGCAACGGCGGGAGGGCGUGCCGCCGGUGGUGGGCUCUACCGCGGCAGGCCCUUGGAUGGGUCGAGGGGGGAGUCUCUGCAGCGGAGUCUGGCAGAAGCUUUGGAGGACAAGCGUGCGCUGGCUGCGGAGAGGGAGUGGCUGCUGGAGGAGCUGCAGCGCGCGAGAGAGGCGACUCUCGAGCGAGAUGGAGCCCUCGCUGGGCAAGAGGUUCAGACCGACGUGUUGAAGAUGGAGGUGGCCGCUCUCGACGGAGAGCUGCGCCGGGCACGUCAGGAGCUGGGGGCGUGCGAGGCCGGGCGCCGAGAGCUGCACGAGGCUGCCAAACGAGACCUGGCGCGGCGAGAUCGCGACGCCGCCGACCUCGCCGAUGCUCUCCGCCGCGAGCGGUCGGCCCGAGAGCGCGACGCCGACGAUGCCGCUGCGGCGGCGGCGACCGCAGCAUCAGCCAGAGCCGCGGACAAGGCGGCGGCGGCGGCGGGGCGAGCGGCCGCGGCCGACGCCCGGCGGCGCGCCGAGAGCGCGGAGGCACGAGCGGCGGAGUCCGAGGAGAGGUUGGAGGCGGCGAAGGCGGCGGCGGCGGAGGCUGCCGUGGAAGCUUCGGGAGCGUUGCGGCGGGAGCGGGAGCGGCGGGAGAUGGAGGUGCGCGAGCGGGAGGAGGAGAUCUCGGCGCUGCUGUUGAGGGUCGGGGCAUCCGAGAGCCGCUCCAGGAGGCUGUCCGAGGACAAGGCGGAGCGGUUGAGGGAGGUGGAAGAGGCGGCGGUUAAGUCCCUUGAGGCGGCGGAGCGGCGGCGGGCGGAGUGGGAGAACAAGGCCUCGGCAAUCGCCGCGAGGCUGCGGGAACGCGAAGCGGAGGGUGCUCGAAAGGACCGGGUUGUGAAGGACCUGGAGGGUCGGCUUGGUCGGGCACAAGCGCAGGCGUCGGAGGUGCAAGAGAGGGAAGGGAGCGAGCUGCGGCGAGUCGCUGGGGAGUUGGAAGUCAUGCGGAAGGCUCUAAGCGACAGAGAGGCCCGUGCCAGGGAGGAGACGGGCAGGCUGGAGCGACGCCUCCGAGAGGAUGAGAAAAAGGCCUGCAAGACUACGGCGGGGCUCCGCAAACUGGAACAGCGCGCGAAGUUUCUGGAGACGGGGAUCGUGGCUGCGAGGCAGAGGGCGGAGGCGGCGGCACGGAAGGAGAAAGAGGUGUCGGAACGGCUUGCCGAGGCAGAGACGGAGCGGGCGUGCCAAGAGGUGGCCGUUACUACUCUCAAGGCGCAGCUUGAGGAGCUUCGUCGCGGCGCAGCCGCAGGCGACGCGGCUCUGAGAGAGACUGCUAAGCUCAGGAAAAUCCUCGAGGGGGCAGCGCUACGGCAUGUGGGAACCCAGCCUGUGGUUGCCGCCGACUGCGGAAAGAGCGGGCGUCGGGACGACACGAGGUCGGGUGGCGGCAGCACCAGCAAGAAUGGGCGCGGUGGGGCGGGCGGGGAAAGUCUCGUGGAGCUCGCGGAAAAACUGCAGGGGCGAACGGACGAGCUGGGGCGGGAGUUGGACAGUGUCCGGCAAGCCUUAGCCAUGGCCAGGGAGCGGUUUCCAGCGUUGCUGGCGAGGGAGAAGGACGCGGCGGAACUCCGGUCUCUGCUCGAGCAGAAGCGGGGGGUUUCGGCCCGGCUCGCGAGCGGCGCGGAGGCGGCAAGGGUGAGAGCCGAGCGCGCCGAGAGUCAAGCCAAGAAGAUGGUCGCUGACGGGGUCUCUCUGAGGACCGAGCUGAAGGCGGCACGCCAGCAAGCGGAGACCAACGGAGAAAGAGCGAAGGGUCUUGAGGAGAACGUCUCGGAACUCAGGCGAGUUGAUGCGGACGAAAUCAGGGCCAUGGCAGCGAAAUUGUCCGACGCAGAAGCGGCAGAGGCGAAAGCGAGGGGCGGCAUCGACACCGCCACCUGCAGGGUUUCCUCGUUGGAGGAGGCCAUGGACGCGGCGGAGGCGGAGAGGGCGGACGUCGUGAGGAGGCUCACACGAAAAGACGGAGACUUGGUGGCGUUGCAGUCUCGCCUCGAGGAAACCUUGUCCGAGUUGGAGGCUGUCAAGCUCGCGCUAGUGGAGGGACCCAGCAACAGCGUGGGUGACGGCGGCGGUGGCGGCCGUGGUAAGAUACCCGGUGAAGCAAGGGUGCAGGCUACUCUUGGGGAAGGGGUGGCCGGGGCUCACGUGGUGGCGGCGGCGGCGACGACGGCGGCGCAGGCCGAAGCCGACGAGUUGAAGAGGCAGCACGUCGAAGCCCAGGAAGAAAGCAGGCUAGCGCGCUCUGAGCUGGCGUGUGUUCAUCUCCGAACGCGCAUGUGCGGCGCGAGGGUUCUGUCAGGCGUAUUCCACAAGUGGGCGGCGAGGAGAGCGGCGGGAGCUUUCUGGAGACUGAAAACGACGUCGACGACUGGAAAUUCUUCCGCCAUUGCUGGAAGCGUCGUGUCAUCCUGCGCUCGCUGUGGAGCAGCUGGCACCGGCCGCCAGGGCAGCCUUGAUGGCGACGACAGGCCAACAUCGGCCGUACUCACGAUCGAGGCCCCGAUCCCAAGCAGUCAAGGUGGAGGCGGAGGCGGAGGCGGUAGCGGUAGCGGCAGCGGCUGGACGUCCCCGCGUAGCGGUUACAACCAAAGCGGAGAAGGGGAACGAGAAAGGCCCCGAUCAGCUGGAAGCGACAAGUGCGGUCCGGAAACGACGGCUCCGGCCGCUAGACACCGACAGAACCGCGAUCGUAGCGGCACCGGUGCCGGCGACGGCUUCCUCCGGAUUCGGGCGACAGCCAACGCGCCGCUUCCAUCUCCGGACGAAGACAGCCCCGGUGUUUUCGACUUCGGAGGCGGGCACGGAGGCGCGAGGGGGUGUCAGCACCGCCGACGCAGCCGUGCACGUGGGGGGAAUGCGAACGGGAGGUUAUCUCCCCCACCACCGUCACCGACCUCGUCGCGGGCUCGCAGCAUGACGAGCCCUCCCGGAGGAAGCUUCAGCAUCGCCUGGUCGAACGGCGGUACCGAUGCCGUCACACCGGCGAAUUCCACCUCGGUAGAUGUGGCCGGCGGCAGCGGGCUCAUCGCUCCAGGAGUCGUCGGGGUUGACAAGGGUGACACCGAGCGGAGCUUUUUCAGCACCGCUUCCAGCGAGCCGCGGUAUCACUGCCUCCGAUCCGGGUUGUCUAGCCCGGCAUGGAGCAACGCCGGGAGUUGGACCGGCAGCGCGGACGGGGUGAUGCCAGUGGACAUGUCUGAUGCGUCGGGGGAGGAGGAGGAGGAGGAAGGCGCCGCCACAGCGGUACCGGCGGCGAAACCUGUCUGUAGCGAUGGCGGCGGGGGUAAAUCCGGGGGCCAGGGCGGCAGCGAGGAUGGCGGCCGAGGGGGAAGAGAAGUUCAUGGGGACGGGAGUGAAGAAGUAGGGUUGGAGUUCGGGUUGGAGGUUUCGGUUGGUGGUGGCGAUUCUUGGUGGGCUCUGAGUGACGAAGAAGCGGAGGUGUAAGCAUUUCAUUUCUGUAAAUAGGAUGCAUUGGUGUACACCCAUCGGCGGUUGAAAAGGGACGGUGGUGUGCAUGGGCGGCAGGGUUGAACCGUUUCGUGAUGAGGAAGGUGGUAGUGGCCGGCGUAACAAUUCCGCGAGGUUUUGUGACGGGAGCCGUUGUGCCACGUACCAAUGGCUGCGCAUCCAUCACCGGUCGCCCCGGUGGUCUAGUUGGUAACCUCCACACCUUCUAGAGGUCAGGUCAGGGGUUCGGAUCCCGGCGUAAGCGAGCUUUUCUUGCAAAGUGAGUAUUUCUCUCGCUUCCGCUCCUGGCGUAGUGGAUAGCGCUAGUUCGUGUGUACACAGAGGGAAGCGAGUGCUGAACUCUUCUCGCAUUGAAAAUCGAAGGCAAAGUACCGCAGGAGGGGAGGGUAGAGAGGGGCUCUUCGGUGUGACCACGGGUAGGAGUAAACGGCACUAAUAGCAGUGCUGUGAGCUCUGAUUUUUUCGUGGAGAAGGUUGUAAUGGACGGCGUAACAAUUCCGUGAGGUUUGUGACGGGAGCGGUUGUACCAUGUACCAAUGGCGGCGCAUCCACCACACCAUACGAUAAUUUGACUGACAACAAUUACGUGGCGGCCACAGCGGUAGUGUGCUUGGCUUCCGGUAAGGUUCAGGGAAGCGGCAUCCGCUGAAGUAUCGGUGCCAGCUACAGCAGAGGGGGGACCGUGAGGUCGACCCCGGUGGAUGCAAUGUUAUGCGAGGGUGUAGCCUACUGUUUUUUUCUACAGGCCGGUGUUGUUGGAGGUCUUCGCGCACGGGGCGAUGGUGAUUGUCGUUGGGAUUCCAAGUACGGGACGGUAGGCCUCGGCGACUCUCAUUGAAGACCGACAGCAGUGGACCACAGCCGGCAUGCAAGUGUCGAGUAGUCAUGCACUGUCGCUGUCGACAAAUUGUGGAAGACG